GGGUUAGUUUCCAGCGUGUCAGCGGGCAGGACACUGGAGAGCCGCGGCGGCGGCCUGCGGAAAGGGGCUGGGUCCACUGGAUUCCCCGCCUCUGUCGAGCCAGGAGGCGCGGUGCCGCUUGACGUUCGGCGGGCUCUGCGGCGUAGCGGUCCCGCUGUCCCGAGGGAGCGGCCUGGCGUCCCAGGCGGACAGAGCCCUCACCGGCCCCAGGUUGUCGGCGCGCGUGCUCGGCUUUGCGCGCGCUCACCUUGGCUCCUACUGUCGCUCCUGCCCUUGAGGUCUCACUAUCAUUGCCACUUAGGAUUUUCCUCCGUGGACGUUUGGGAAAAGGGACCUGGGGCUGAUAGAUAUUACUCGAGAGGGCCUCCCGGCCCACCAUAGGGGCCUAGGACUUCGGACAUCGGAGCGGGGAGACGAAUGGAGGGAAGCCUGCGGGACAACCGUGAAUGUGCUGUGCGGUGACAAGGGGAAUCUGGCACUCUGCCUCCAGGGGCCUGGAAGCAAGAGGUUGCAGAAUUCAGCUACAAUGGGGAAUGUCUUUGAAAAGCUGUUUAAAAGCCUAUUUGGGAAAAAGGAAAUGCGGAUUCUCAUGGUGGGCUUAGAUGCAGCUGGCAAAACGACGAUCUUGUACAAAUUGAAGCUAGGAGAGAUUGUGACAACCAUCCCUACCAUAGGUUUCAAUGUGGAGACAGUAGAGUACAAAAACAUCAGCUUCACAGUCUGGGAUGUUGGUGGCCAGGACAAAAUUAGACCUUUGUGGCGACAUUACUUCCAGAACACUCAAGGUCUGAUUUUCGUGGUUGACAGUAAUGACCGAGAGCGGGUCAAUGAGGCCCGGGAAGAAUUGACCAGAAUGCUAGCAGAAGAUGAGCUCAGAGAUGCAGUCUUGUUGGUGUUUGUAAACAAACAGGAUCUUCCUAAUGCUAUGAAUGCAGCAGAGAUCACAGACAAGCUUGGCUUACACUCCCUUCGCCAGAGAAACUGGUACAUUCAGGCUACCUGUGCGACCAGUGGAGAUGGGCUUUACGAAGGCCUGGACUGGCUCUCCAACCAGCUCAAAAACCAGAAGUGAUCAGAAGCAACCCAUUCCCCAUGCAUUGUGGCAAAGCCAGCUGGCCUUUCCCGUGUGCAUGUGAGCGUGUGAGGAGCCCAGGGGGCUGUGUGGCUGGAGUGGGGGCAGCUUUCUCACACCGUGCCUUAUACACGCUAUACGAAAACCAGUAUUCCAUUUUAAGAAAACCAGUGUUACAUUUUGAAUGCUACCUUCCAUUUCACUAGCUUUGAUGGUCAUUUUUGCUGAGGCCUCCCUGGGUGUGAUAGCCAGAGAAUCUCUAGCCUGGAAAAGAAGAAAGCAGGAGCCAGACAGGUCCUGUUGUUGCCAACCUGGGUCUGGCCUCUCCAUACACCCAGAAUUCUGUUGGACGUCAGUGUCCUUUUAUAAAAGGAAAGGAAGGAUCUGUCAUUCUUUCCAUUGUGCCAAAGCUAGCAGCUCACUUGUAGUGCUUUAAAGCUCCCGAGAAGAAAAGAUGCAUUAUUACCACGGGUGUGAGGAAGUUCAGAGGGACUACUUCCCCAAAGUUCUGUUAGCUCAGACUGACUCAUUUAGGUGGUUUUAGCCCAAGGAAUCAGUGACCUUUUUCAUUAGAGUAUCAAGACUGUAACACUAGAGAAGUUUCCAGCCUGCUCCAAACGUGCCAAAUGGAAACUCUGUGGGCUGCUGGCCCAGCAGGAGGCAGGACUCUUCCCUUAAGCCUCAUGGUCCACGGUGGAGUGAAGGUUGGCUGGAGGAAGUGAAGGGAGGUAGCUCUUGUGUUCUGGCGUCAUGGCUCAGGCCCUUGAGGCUGCUGCUCCCACUUCUCUGCUCUGUGCUGAGUGUUGUUCACAUGAAGCAGACAGUUGUCCUGGGUGGAGUUGUCACUGUGUCCCGUUGUCCCAGUCUACUGUAGGCAUUUGGUUAGUAUCUGUUUCCAGAACUGCGCACCGUGAGUUCUGAGAGUUUGUGAGAAAGUCGGGAGGUUAAUGUAGGAGAUGAUGUUCCCAGUGGCCCCGAUACUCCCUGAGAUGGUGCUAAACUGUGCUCCGAGAAGCAUCUUUCACUUAGACUGCUCUCGAGGCAUAGGCUCCCUCCUCAAUGGCAGCGGCAUCUGAAGAGUGGCUUGGAAGUGUGUGCUGUGUUGUCUUGCAGAUGUAGUGAUAGGAAGGCCCAGAGAGGAGCUGGCUUCAGCCCUAAGCCCUCUGGCCACACAGCUCUGGGCCACAUUUGUACCUAAGCCCUUUUACUGCUUAACGUUUUAAAACUCCUUUCAGAAAAAAAUUGAUCCCUGCUGCUACAGGAGGGGGAACACAAGCUGAACUUCAAAUAAAUCUUGUUCAUUGGUAACAAAGUUAUACUAGGAAAAAAUUCCAUGCCAUUGUAAAUGUGGGCUGUAAUGUUUUUCUUUAAAAAGUAUCUUAAAGAAUGUUCAUUGCAAUACUGGUGACUAAGUCCAGAUGUGAUUUUUAAUCACAGAUGAAUUCCUGAGAAAUGUUGAAAUUGUACACCUCCCAUUGGCUGGGAGCUCUUGCCCUUUGUAAUUAUGCUUAGUGUGCCUGGCCUGGUGCUGGGCUGCGGUAAACAUGUGGUGAUUGGUUAGACAAUAAAGAACUUACUGGGAAGUAGACAUGGUCAUGUUC